AUGGCAUCAUAUCAAUUCGGAAAUACAUCUCAAUUCAAUCAGCCAAUGCGUACUUGCAACAGCAGCAACAAGCGUAGAAUGGAUGAUGAAGAUGAAGAGCCUGUUGUGACAAAGCGUUACUUUGACCUGCAUACACAAUUCUCACCCGAUCAGCCUGCCCAGAAGGAAUUGCCUGCCAUCACUUAUGCUUCUCCUGAUUACAGACCUCCUCCACCUGCUGAAUUGCCUCUCUGGUUACAACCAAUGUCUGCAAACUCUCCAAUGACUGAAGAUGACUCUGAAGAUGAUUCUGCAUUAUUGACUCCCUCUUAUCAGCUUGCUCAACAGCAACAGCAACAGCAACAGCAACAGCAGCAACAGCAGUUUGGCAAGCCUGCUAAUGAGUAUUGGGGUGCUAUGAUGAUUGAUCAAUGGCAAUAA